AUCGGGGCUUUAUAAUGCGUGAACCUGUCAAGAGGACAAGCAGAGAUAACACUCUGUCCCUCUCUCUGUAAAUCUCACUCACUUGAUCCUGGAAUCAUGUCUUCUGCUGUGAGUGUUUUGCCCUUGGCGGCUCGAUCUCCCAAGAAGAGAGCCAAGUUUCAGAGGAAGAAGACUGGACUCACCGUGUCAGACCUGAUACUUGAGGCCGCGUCCGCGUCCUCAGAGCGUGGCGGCGUGUCCCUGGCAGCCCUGAAGAAGGCUUUAAAGGCCGGAGGAUACGACGUGGUGAAGAACAGAGCCAGAAUCGUCACCGCCAUCAGGCGCUUGGUGGCCAGCAAAUCCCUGGUCCAAACCAAGGGCACCGGGGCCUCAGGCUCAUUCAAGCUUAACAAGAAGCCCCCCACACCUCGAAAGAAGAAGAAGAAGCCAAAGGCGAAAAGGGUCAAGAGGGCCAGCCCCAAGAAAGCAGCUGGGGGUGCCACUCCGGCAGCCAAGAAGUCACCUAAGAAAAAGAGGAAGGCAAAGAGCCCUAAAAAAGCGACGAGGCCCGCUGCGGCCAAGAAGUCCAAGAAGGCAAAGAGUCCUAAGGAGGUCAAACGCAGGGUCGCCAUGUCCACCAGGACCAGGGCUGGUGCCAAGAAGUGAAAACUCUCUUAAUAAACACUGAAUGCGACCAAAAGCCUUUCUGUUGACGUUUGGACCACACUUCUGCAUUCAUUUCGCAAGAACUUGAGCUUGCUUUAGCUAUUUUACAGUUUUUCUACAAUAGAAAACAAUAUACCUGCUGUUUUGACAUCAGAUUAUCUGCCAUCGUCUGCCAUUGUUUGUAAAGAAUUGAGCAAUUAUAGCAAAUAAUAUAAAUAUAAAUAAAAUAUAUUUUAAUUAAUAGAA